UCCAAAUUUUGGUAUAUUUCAGUAGUCAGAUUGAUCAGUACAGCUACAGAUUUAAAAAGAAUGGAAAAGUCAUGGCCGAAAGUUGUUUUAUUUGGAGAUUCAUUAACACAGUAUGGUUAUAGUAAAGAUGGUUGCUGGUCAGCCUUGGUCGCUGACUAUUUACAAAGGAAAUGUGAUGUGAUAAAUCGUGGCUUCUCAGGUUACAAUACUAGAUGGUGUAAGAUCAUUCUUCCAGGGUUGGUCACAAGUAAAGAUACUGCAGAUAUAAAGUUGGUCACUAUAUUCCUAGGUGCCAAUGACUCUGUGGAUAGUACCUUAUGCUCAAAACAACAUGUGCCUCUAGAAGAAUUUAAACAGAACAUGAAAGAUAUGGUUCAGUAUUUACAGUUAUUUCAGCAUUGGGAAGACAUGUUGAAUGAUGGUCUACAUUUCUCAACUUUAGGAUCCGAGUUUGUGUUUGAACAGUUGAAGCCUGUACUGGACAAACUGACCUCUGACCUUCCUCUUCAGAUGCCUUACUGGGCUGAUAUAGACAACAAUAGUCCUCAUACCUUACUAGAUACAUAUUUGUAAUUUAGUAUUUUAUAACACUAUACAUUGGGUCA